CAUUGACACAAUUUAAACCCAUGGUGUCUAUUCUAGCUUGCUUUAUUGUGGUUGUAUUAGCCUGAUGAUGAAGCCCAUGAAAACAAGCUUGUUCGCUAUUUUCAGUUUCUAAGGUUAUGCUACCGAAGUAUAAUGGCGCUGCAUUCGAGCAAUCCUCAUUUGUACUCCAUUUACCUCAGAGUAGCAAGCUUCUUGAGGAGAAGUCCGUCGAUCUUCUAUGCAGUGUGUUUCAUUUCGGCUGUAUUCAUUUGGAUUAUCGUCCUACCCCACGCACGAUCGGGGACUACAAUUCACUAUUUAGCAAUUCCGGUCGUGCAUACCGAGGAGGAGCAGUUCCCCCUGGCCUUCAGCAUCUCAAUGUACAAGGAUCUUGACCGGACUGUACGACUAAUGCAGGCUAUUUACAGACCACAUAAUUGUUAUUGCAUCCACGUGGAUAAGAAUAGCAUCGAGAGCAUGUAUGCCACUCUCGUUCGCCUAAUGAAACAACAGUACGGCGGUGCCGUGUAUGUGGUCCCACGAGAAAAGAGUCUUAAAGUGAAAUGGGGUCAUAUGUCAACACUUGAAGCAGAUCUGCUGUGCAGCCGCAUGCUACUGGAUCGGUGUCCUCGAUGGAAAUAUUGGAUCAAUCUGACGGGUCAUGAAUAUCCCUUGAGAACAAACUGGGAACUGGUUCGUGCACUGACCAUACUCAAUGGGUCGAAUUUGAUCGCCGCGACAUACAAACAUCGAAUUAUGAAGCGAUUUCCGCUACAUUUGAACUUCGAGUUUCCAUUCACGUGGUAUAAGGGAAGCGCUCACAUCGUAGCUCGCCGCGAAUUUGUGCACUUUGUACACAACGACGAACGCGCCAAACUCAUCCUGCGAGUACUGCGUGAUUUCGAGCAAGCCAAGAAUGAGGGCAUUAUCGCAGAUGAAUCAUACUUCUCCACCCUCAACCACAAUCCCGCAUCUAUACCAGCACCAGGCGCGUUUUUGGGCAUACAUGAAACGGAUGUAUUUAAACCACCUAUCCGAGUCAAAGUAUGGUCUGAUCAAAACAUGCCUUGCCACAGUGGCAAAUGGGUCAGGACUAUUUGCAUGCUGGGACUGCACGAUGUGGACCGGUUGAUGGACAGACCUGAAUUUUUCGCCAACAAAUUUGUACCAUCAGUGGAGCCAGAAGGCUAUACCCGGCUGGAGUGGUGGUUGUCCGAGAAAGUGAAAUAUGAAGCUGUGAUUGGUGACCUGCAUCCUUCGUUCAACACAACACAUUAUCUUUCACUUGAAUUGCGGUGGAAUCAUUUGUGAACGGCAUGCU